GCAUCAUGUCCAUUACGUUAUCCCGUACGACGGGGACCAGUCAGUGGUGGACUCCUCGGAGAACUACUUUGUGACUGACAAUGUAACCAAGCAGGAGAUUGACCUGAUGCUGGGACUUUUGCUGGGCUUUUGUAUAAGCUGGUUCCUGGUGUGGAUGGAUGGAGUUCUCCACUACGCCGUGCGCGCCUGGAGGACCAGUCGGCGAUAUGACAAUUCCUGGUCCUGGAUUCCCAAAUUUUGUAACCUAAAGGAGUUGAGGAAACGUCACCACAGGCAGUACGAGGAGGCAACUGGGAACAUGGUGCACAUCAAACAGAAGCUGUACCAUAAUGGCCACCCCAGCCCAAGGCACCUCUGA